CAGUUUUAACAGCAUAUAUUAGUGUUUUAACAAAUUAUUCAUAUUCAGGUUCUUCCUCGAUGAUAGCAUUUCUUCUGUUUUCCAUCCGUUUUAAGACACCUUUGAUUCUAUACCUUCGUCCGUUCAUUGAACAGAAGGUUGAUACAAUCAAAGUAAAGACACCAGAGGAGAUCGAACGUAGGAACGCCAUACAGAAUAUAUUAGCUGAUCCUCACCCUGGUCUGUACCCCUUGUCUUCUUUCGUUCAAGACAUCGUCGUUGAAAUACGUGAAGUGAAGCGUCGUCUACAAUGCGGGAAACUAAACACGACGCCCAACACUCCUAAUAUUGGAUUACCUUUCCCAUCUCGGACAUUAAAACCCACCAAGGACCGUACGAGAGUUAACUCGUUCAGAUUCGCUGUUUCUUCUGGAUCACAUAAAGUGCAAGUCGAAAAGGAGGAAUCUGUAACACCAAUAGUUGACACCCAGCGUACUUCGGGACAAAAGAAGUUUUCUAAAGGACGAGAUUCAUGGAAGAAAUUGAGUCGUGCGGCGACCGAAAGUUUCCAUAACCAAUCGUCAUCUGCAACUACGAGUAUUGAUGACCAAGGAUUUGGAAGUCGACAUUCUUCCCUUAAUACUUCAAGUCAAAAGUCCGGAGCUACAGCCGCUGCUGUCCCGAAUAUAAAAGUAGAUCACUGUCAAAGUCCUGGGACGUCAAGACAUAUCACGAAAGAAGCAAACAGAGAAGGAUAUUUUUAUAAAACUCCAUGCGCAAGUGGUGAAUGUACUAAAGACACUCAAGCAAACACUUCUGCAAAGUUGGUUAUUUGCGAUGAAAACGUUAAAAAACCUAAGAGGGGGAAAUCGUUUUACAAAUCGAAGCACCAGCAGCCGGUAUCUGAAACUAACAACCAGACAACAAAACAAGGCCAAGAUUUUGACUUAGCCAGCUUUGAAAGAGCAAAACAAGCGCUCAGUAAAAUGAUCACCGCCACUUCGCCACCUGCAAGUCGAAGCCAAUCUCCAGAUCAAAGAUAAAGAGAAGGUGGACAAUACACAAACAUGCCCUGGUUAUAACUUGGUUACAAUAUAAGGGUUUGUAAGAACUGUCACAUUUCCUUAUUGUGUCAAAAUAAAAAAUAAAAUAUUAAAA